GGAUUGGAACGCCUGAAUUGCAUGAUUGGGAGGGGAUUGGAACGCCUGAAUCGCAUGAUUGGGAGGGGAUUGGAACGCCUGAAUCGCAUGAUUGGGAGGGGAUUAGAACCCCUGAAUCACAUGAUAUGGGAGGGGAUUAGAACCCCUGAAUCACAUGAUUGGGAGGGGAUUGGAACCCCUGAAUCACAUGAUUGGGAGGGGAUUGGAACCCCUGAAUCACAUGAUUGUGAGGGGAUUGGAACACCUGAAUCACAUGAUUGGUAGGGGAUUGGAACCCCUUAAUCACAUGAUUGGGAGGGGAUUAGAACACCUGAAUCACAUGAUAUGGAGGGGAUUGGAACACCUGAAUCACAUGAUAUGGAGG